CCUGCUCUGGUCACACCACACCAAUGACGCUUGAAUUUAAGCGGACAAACUCGAAAAGAAACACUAAAAACGCAGACGCUUGCUAAAAAACUAGUAAACGCACAAAAGAUAAGGCAUUUUCAACGUUAAAAAGUAGAGUCCGCCGCCAAGAUGCCGCGCACCAAGAUACCAAAGAACUCGAAGCGCAAUCGCGAGGUGGCGAACCGGGAGGAGAAGGUGCGCUUGUACGAGCUAAAAAUGGAUUCCCGCCUGAUCAGCAUCGAUUCGCUGGAGACCAAGUUCCUGUCCGCUAUCGACCUCCAGGUGAAGACGCUCCAGGGCCAGGUGCAGAAGGAGCUGGCCAACCUGAAGAUGCCCGAGCUCCUGCGGCUAUUCACCGAACUGGACCGCUUCAGCGACUACAAGGCCAGCGAUCAGACGCAGCUGCUCGCCUCGAUGUCCAUGAGCAGCGGUGCUAUCGAUGGACUCGCGCCCUCGGCCACCGGCAGUCGCAAUGACGAAGGUUACCUUACAGAGGACAGCAGCAUUGGAGCCAGCGGCGGCAGCCUCCUGGCCGCCCACACGGGCUCCCUGCUGCGGUCCACGAAGGCGAUGCGGACUCCCGGACCGCUGCACUCGGCCAGGGCCCGCCGUGCCCGACGCAGUCGAUCCGCCUGCGGGGAGCUGAAUAUCCUGCACUCGGCCAAACCGCCGUCCAAUUCGAACAGCAGUGGUGCAACAGCAAGUCGAAACUCCCGCAGCAAGAUGCGCACACCGAUGGCUUCUCGCACCAAGGCGUUCAGUGCUGAUCGCACACCUUUAUCACAAAAGCAGAUACGCUCCGGAUCACCAUGCUCUCCGCCAAUGGCCUUCCUGCGCUAUCCCAAGCCCGGCGAGGUGGCCCUCUCCAAGUUCGGCAGCCCCAUGGUGGCUCAAGUAAUGCCAGACAAGUUCGCCAAUGUGAACAUUCCCAUUCGGAACGGAGUUCUUAGCUUGCGGCCCAAGAAACUGGAUGCUGGGGAGGUCGAGUCGAAUCUCCUGGAUAAUCUGGACGAAGAUACUCUAAACCAGAUCAAAACACUGCACGAAAACUUGCAGAUGAUCGUGAAUAAGGCCAGCCAGGCGGGAUUCAAGUAGUUGCCAAUUCAAAUGUUUAUCUAGAUAUAAUUCUAUAUCAUAUAUUUUAGUAUGCUUUGUUUAAGUUCAGUUUUCAUCUUACUCAAAUAGUUCAAGUAUUUUGUCUUCAUUUAUUAAAAUCUGUAUCGUAUUUACAUAAGCUUCAAUACAAGUUCAUAUUCUAUGUUUAUCCAA